AAAGCAGAGGCGGGGAGGGAAAGCCUCGACUUCCGUAUUUUCUCUCCUGACGAUGAAGCAAAAGCUACUCUGUUAAAGGAGUAUAAAAAGUCCCCACAUGGCAGUGCGCUUCUCAUUCCUGACCUGGACUGAUACGCUUUAUCCCCAACAUGGACAUUGAGUGUCAGGAGCAGAAACGCCGCAGAUGUGGAGCAUGUUGCCUGGUGGGGUCCAUCCUGGUCCUGUGUGCAGCCGUCGCCUGUGUCACCGUGCUGGUGCAGCUCCAGUGUGCUGCCGUACACUUUGGAGGACCUACACCCAGUCCAGAUGAUCAGUGUCUGUGUCAAGACUUGGUCAAUGGCGUGGUUUGUUCUCCCAUGGUGCAAAGGAAUUGGACCAAACGUGGCGUGCAGAACCCGAACGUUGCAUACUUGGAAGCAAAAUCAAGCAAGUUGGUGAGCUCCACUAUGCUGUGGGAGUCAGUCAAACAAGGCUCAACGGAUUCCGUUGGAAGCAACUUUGAGUUUCGGCCAGGCCAAGGUGUCCUGGAGCCCAAACUUGAAGGGACUUACUUAAUACACCUGAACCUCAACCUGUCAUGCACGUCCAGUUGCAGCCCCGGGCGCCUGACCGUGCUUGUGGGCGACAAGCCGAGCUGCGAAGUGGAGCUGGCACAUUCUACACGGGAGAUCAAGCGAUGCUGUGUAAAGACUUGGAUGGACAGAAACACUCCGCUGUUAGCCAAAAUGAAAGUGCCAAAAGAUGGACUGCAGAACUGGAAGCUGGAGCUUAUUGGUUCGAACUUCAGCAUGCUCCUUUUGGAAAAAUGUUCUCAACAGAGUUGCUCCAGUUGAUCCCCAUUUCAGACCUCAGCAAGAGCAUUAGGGCACAGAUUUGGAGCUUAACUGAGGUUAAUAGCUGCAAUCAUAUACUUUCGAAGGGGUUAUGGGCUUUUACAUAUUUAUAUAACAUUAGACUACGUAUAGUCCAGAUUGAUUUCUGUCAAAAAUAACUAUUUUAUGUUAACACUACAUUAGUGAUUAUUGCAAUACACUUCAAGUUUAAUUGGAGUUGAAAGUGACUGUGGUUUUCUUAUAUAUGGAUGUAUGUACAGUAUGUAUGUAUGUUGACAUAUAAUGUGUUGACAUAAAAUGAAUAAUGUGCAAUGGGAAAAUGUAAGCGUAAGUCCAACGGGCCUGAUGAUUGUAUCCAUAUUAUCAUGGAAAUAAACAUGUGAACUGGGUUUUUGUGCGCGCGUGUGAUUAAAUGGGAGAAAGUGACGUCUGGGAAAGUGACG